GCAGAAUUACGUAUUACGUAAGCACGCAUCAGUUUACUAGCCAAUCGCGCCACGUCCUGAUGACUACCCGGUAAAGUCUAAAGUAAUUGCAACGAACAGGAAAAACACAGUUCCGUGACUUUUACAGAUAUCCCACGAGUUUUUUGGAGUCAUAAUCCAUCGUGAGUGCAAGCAAAAAUGCUUUCUACUGGAGAUGUUCAGAGUUGUCUUCGUAAACUAGAAUCUCUCCUGAGAGUGAUCAGGUAUCCAGGCCAUAUGGACUACAGUGGGCUUUCCAAGGGUGACCCCUCGGCCUUUUUGCCAAUAGUGAGUUUCACCCUCACCUCCUACUCUCCCCCCUUUGCUGAGCAGCUUAUUGGAGAUGGGAUAGAGCUAACUGGCAAAACCGACCUCCGCUUCACUGAUGCUUUUUACAAGGUGCUGCGAGAUGUCCUCCAUUAUAAGCCUGUGUUGACCAAACAGCAGUUCCUCCAGCUGGGUUUCUCGCAAAGGAAAAUCUCUUUCAUUUGUGACGUUAUUACCUUGGUCCAGCAAAAACACAAACAACUCAUCAAGUCCAGUGGAAAAUCUCCUGCUUCGCACCAUGACGGCAGAAAGGUUGCUCAUCCAGUCCAGAUUAAAGCUGCCAUUGUGACAAAGGAAAAGAAUCGUUCUACUCUUGCUGCUCCAUCCCUGGCAGAAACAUGUGCAGUACAAAAUGUAACCUGUGCUUCCCAUAUUGAAUCAACUGCCAGCAACUUGCCUGAAAAUCUGAGCACAAAGCUGCCGGAAGGAGAGGAGCAAAAGUCAUCAGAGAUCGAAGAAAGACUCUCAGCACUUGAGGCUCAAAUAGAGACAGUUUUCUCUCAACUCAAUAAGCUGUUUACUCUGGAAAAACGUAUGGAGGAACUCGAAAAGAGUAGAAACACGCAAAAGAAUGAUGUUGUCACCAUAUCCAGAGAGAGCUGGGAAAACCUCAUGAGCAGAGUCUUAUUACUGGAAACUAAACUUGAACUGAGCAAUUCAAAGAUUGGAGUUUCACUUGAAAGCCAGUCCUCUUCCUCCUCUGACUUUUCCAGCGCUAUCUCUGAUGCCUCAAAGGACAACCUGAAGGACAGGCUAGAGAAGAUCACCAACAUGCUGAAGAGCACCUCUAGUAUCCUGAAGAACCCUGAGUCCUCUACCACACCCCCUGCAAAUAAAGCCUGAAAAACACUCACAUCUCUAUUAUAGCACAGGUUUCUGUAAUAGGAAGUGUUUUUAAACUUAAAUUGCACUUUCAUCUCUCUGUGGACUUUCUUUGUAACUUUAUAAAUUUGUUACAAGCAACCUGCAUCAGAAAGUUGUGUAACUUUCAUAACAAUUAAAUGAGAUUGCCAUAAAAUGAGUUUUAAAACGGUGAGUUAUUGUGUGAGUGUAUAUUUUUCUUGCGCU